GUCCCCGGCGUGCGGCCGCCCGCGGCUGCCGCUCCUUCCCAUCGCCGCUGACCGGCUCCUGGCUCCCGCCUCGUUUUAUGGUCGUGGAGAGGGAGGAAAAAUCCCAAACCAGCUCUUCACUGGGUAGAAAACUGGCUGGAUGGCUGAACCCAGGGAGAAGUGAUGAAUGCAGUUACACCCAGCUGGCAGCUGCUCCCAAGAGCUGCGUAAAUGAGUAUGGAAGAUUAUGAUUUCCUCUUCAAAAUUGUUUUAAUCGGCAACGCCGGGGUGGGGAAGACCUGCUUAGUCCGUCGCUUCACUCAGGGCCUUUUCCCACCAGGGCAAGGAGCCACGAUUGGGGUUGACUUUAUGAUUAAAACUGUGGAGAUAAAUGGUGAAAAAGUAAAGCUGCAGAUCUGGGACACGGCGGGCCAGGAGCGGUUCCGAUCCAUCACGCAGAGCUACUACCGCAGCGCCAACGCGCUGAUCCUGACCUAUGACAUCACCUGCGAGGAGUCCUUCCGCUGCCUGCCCGAGUGGCUGCGCGAGAUCGAGCAGUACGCCAGCAACAAGGUCAUCACCGUGCUCGUGGGUAAUAAGAUUGAUUUAGCUGAUAAGAGGGAAGUCUCCCAGCAAAGAGCUGCAGAAUUUUCUGAAGCACAGGACAUGUACUAUCUGGAAACGUCAGCAAAAGAAUCGGAUAAUGUGGAAAAACUCUUCCUGGACUUGGCCUGCCGGUUGAUCAGCGAGGCACGACAGAACACCCUUGUGAACAAUGUCUCAUCCCCCUUACCAGGAGAGGGGAAAAGUAUCAGCUACUUGACUUGCUGUAAUUUUAAUUAAAGAGCUGGCAUGUGAUUGCCCCUUCUGCCGUGGGCCAAGUGGAUUUUUCUUUUCUAUGCUGGGAUUUACCUACUUGAAGAAAUUCCUGCCAAUCUGACCCAUCUGGCUUACUCAGAGUCAGGUUACAGUCCUGGAAACAUGGCAGGCUGAUGGCUCCAGCUGCAUGACGAUGUAGCAGAAUACAACAGGGUUUAAAUUUCAUUUUUCUUGCAGUCUGUGGAGCAGGUCAGAAAAGGAAGCGUUGCACAAGUGCUUCAUGGAAUGCAGAACAUGAGCUGUUUUGUUUCUUUCUGUGGGAGAGUAGACCAGCCUUUCUUGAAGGUACUGACGAGAUCAGAAUCUCUCUUACAGAACAAUGUAUUUGAUCCUUUUUAAAGGAAAACAAAGUAAGAAGAAAUGCAACAAUGAACGCUGACUUUGGACUACGCUGGCAAUCUUCUGGGCUGUCAGCGAGCGAGCUCUUAGGGCGUGUACAUAACGUCUGCCCCUGUGUCUUCAUGGAGGACUCUGGUGUUUGAAAUAGUGUUAUGUCUCUCAUCUACAGGCACUUUCAUGAACGAGGAACAAACAAAAAAGUUACAUAUAGCAGCAUUUUCAAGAUUGAAGAAGACAUGGAUAUGGCUCAGUUGCUCUCUUUGGUGCUAGCAGUUCAGCAAAUAUUCCCUAGGCCAAACGUAGUCUUACCACAUUACUGUCUUCUGAAUGUGUAACUUAGACUGGUUAGGAAAAAAACACUAAUAAGCAAUGUUCAUUAAAAAAAAAAAAAAAAAAAAAUCUCAUUACCUCUUUUUCUAGGCCUGAAUAUAGUGGGAAUGGACUGUGUGCUUCUUUGAUAUCCAACAGAGGAUGAAAAGACUUUCCAGAAAUAAAAAUAAAUAAAUAAAUUAACCAUUCCUCCUCUAA